UUCUAAAGUGUUCACAAUUGUCAAGGGCUGCAACAAUGUUCCUGUCCAUUCAGCUGAGGAGAACAUCUCCUCUCCAUCGGGCUGCCUUGAUCUUCUCACUAUGGGGCUUCCUCAACAUUUCUUUAGCUCUACUUCCACCCACCAACCCCCCAAUCUUUAAGAACACACCCUUUGCCGUUAUUUGGAACGCCCCCACUGAAGUGUGCAAGAGACUUGAUAUCAGUUUGGACACCUCGGUGUUCCAGGCAGUUACCACGCCAGCUAGCGAUCCUGACCAAUUUCUUUUUCUCUUCUACUCUAAUCGUCUGGGCCUGUACCCCUAUAUAAAUGAUGAAACCAAAGAGGAGUUCAAUGGCGGCAUUCCCCAGAAGGGCAACAUAACGGCAAGCCUUUUAAAAGAAGUACAUGAUGUCACAUACUACAUCCCUGAAUUAUCCCCUGGUUUGGCUGUGAUUGACUGGGAAUCAUGGCGCCCACUGUGGGCGAGGAACUGGGGUUCAAAAGAGAUUUAUCGAAAGCUUUCCAUUCAGUAUGUUCAGGAGAACUGGCCAUCUUUCAACUCCAGUCAGGCCGAAGCUUUGGCAAAAGAGCAGUUUCAAAAUGCUGCCAGGGCUUACAUGGAGCAAACAGUGAAGUUGGCGAUAAAAAUGCGACCUAAGUAUCUCUGGGGCUACUACUUGUUCCCUGAUUGCUAUAACUAUGGGUGGGAUCAGCCUGGUUACACUGGGGAGUGUCCAGAAAAAGAAAUAAUCUUGAAUGGUGAGCUCCAUUGGCUGUGGAAUGCCAGUACGGCACUCUUUCCUUCAGCAUACCUACCGCUGGCUCUUCGCAACAACCAAAGUGCAACUUACUUCGUUAGGGGACGAGUCCAGGAAGCCAUCAGGGUAUCUGCUCUGCCAAAGCAUCCCUACACAGCUCCCAUUUACGUAUACUUGCGCCCUCUGUUUCGGGAUCAGUCAGUAAUAUACUUGAGUGAGGCAGAUCUGAUCAGUACUAUAGGAGAGAGUGCUGCUUUAGGGGCCUCAGGAGCCGUGCUGUGGGGGGCCAGUGCAGAUUAUAACACCAAGGACUCAUGUGAAGCGCUGGCUGCCUAUUUGCCCUCCAUCCUUAACCCUUAUAUAACUAAUGUGACAGCAGCCGCUAAACUCUGCAGCAGCAUGCUCUGUCAGGGCAAAGGCCGCUGCCUGCGCAAGAACCCUCAAUCAAAUGCUUACCUACACUUGAAUCCAAAACACUUUCAUAUCCAGAGGAGUCGUGGAAAAUACCUUGUAAUUGGCACACCAUCUCUUAGUGACAUCAGCAACUUUGUGGAAAACUUUGCCUGUCAGUGCUAUGCAGGGCAAUCGUGUUCUGCCAAAAUGCCAGAUUCCCUCCCCAGAAUUCCAAUAGUUAUUCGAGUGACUUAAGUCUGUACAUGUACUAUUCAACACAUAUCUGUUAAAUGUGCUGAAGAAUACUCGUUUUGAAAGUUCUGCAAAAUCCUUCACUUGUUGUUGUGUUAAUAACAAAAGUCCAUUUUAUGUGAUCAGUUUUACACAUAAGGCAUCAUUACACUUUCAUCUAUGAUUACUGAUGUUAUAAUUUUUUUCGGCAUUCCAAAUGCACAACAAUGACAACUGAAAAUAAUGUCUCAAAAAAUAAACACAAAACAUUAGCAUUUCUAUAAUUAUUACUGUAACACUGGGGCAAGUUGUCACACAUGUAAAGUGUCACAAGGGCUAUAAUCUCAGUAAUGUUUUUUUUUUUUUUUUUUUACAUUACCUUUUACUUUUUCAGCUGUUUCAUGAAUUGUUCAUUGUGUUGUCAAAUGUUCUAUUUUUGGUUCCCCAAAAGAAGCUUUCUUGAAAAAAAAUAACAUUUUUGAAAACCUUUUUAUAGUCCCGUUAUCCACUACAAAUAACCUGUUGUGCAAUUGGAAGGUUCCAUGGAUGUUAAAGAUUGAUAAAGAACCUUUAUUUUUAAGAGUAUACUGUUAUACUGUAAAUUGUGCUGAACAGCUUAUAAUAGGCUGAUUAAUGCCUGGUUCCAUUGUGACAACUUACCCCAUAUAGUGUGACAAUACCAGGCCAUGCUGUCACAAAAGGUCAACAUGUGUUUGACAAACUGUUUCUAUUCUCCUUGAGUAAUAAAGGUGGAA